AUGGCUGAUACACUACUCAUUCAUCUCUUCAAGACAUUGGGUUCAAUCACUGGUCAGAUUGCUAAGCAAGAGAUCAAGCUGCUAGUUGGCGUUGAAGAAGAAGUCCAAAAGCUUCAAGACAAGCUCAGACAUAUCAAGGCAAUGCUGGACGAUGCUGAGGAAAGACAUGCUGUGAAGCAGCGUACUGAGAAGCUUUGGUUAGAGCAGCUCCAAGGCCAGUACUAUGAGAUAAAUGACUUCUUGGACACAUGGAACAGUGCAAGGAUCAGAGCAGAGAUUGAGAAAGAAGAAGGAAAACCAGCUGAUACAAAGGCUCUUGUUGUUGUCAAGAAGAAGGUAUGCUCCUUCGUCCCAUCUCCGUCAUGUUGUUUUAACCUUCCUCAGCGUCAUGAUGUUGGUCACAUGGUAAGAAAACUGAAUGAAAAGUUAGAUAUGAUUGUCCAAGACAAAGCAACCUUUGGGAUUGACUUUAAUAGGCAACCUGAAGUGGUUGAGCGACCAACAACUACGUCAUUUGUAGAUGUGUCCCAUAUAGUUGGCCAUGAUAGACAUAGGGAUGAACUACUAAGAAACUUAUUAGGUGUGGGUAGUCAAGAAGAAAGAAAUUCUCAUUGUGUCAUCUCCUUAGUGGGUAUGGGCGGUAUCGGAAAAACAACUCUUGCCCAACUAGUCUACAAUCAUCCUGAUGUGCAAGCCCAUUUUCAAAAAAGAAUGUGGAUUUGUGUUUCUGAUCCAUUCGAUCAGUGCAAGGUUGCCAAAGCAAUCAUUAAUGAGGUUGAUCCUAGACAUGGACACCUCGAUGAUACUGAAUUGCAAACUCUCUUGUGUAAAAUUCAUGAUUUGAUUAAGGACAAAAAGUUCUUUCUUAUCUUAGAUGAUGUGUGGACUGAAGACUCCCAAAAAUGGGAGCCGUUCAAACUUGCUUUAGAAAAUGGUGUCCAUGGCAGUAGAAUUCUAGUAACCACACGUAAACAAAGGGUUGCGAAGAUAAUAGGGAGUGCUCUCACUAUAAAUUUGAAGGAAUUGUCUGAUGAAUACUGCUGGAUGAUUUUCAGUAAAAUAGCAUUUUCUAAUGAGGAGCAACGCAAGUACCUAGAAGAUCUUGGUAAAAAACUAGCAAUUAAAUGUAAAGGCCUACCACUUGCUGCAAAGAUUCUAGGUAGCCUUAUGCGAGACAAGAGAAGUAGAGAACAAUGGAAUAUGAUUUCGGAAAAUGGUAUGUGGGAAUUAGAAGAUUUUGAAAAAGGCAAUUUGGCACCAUUGUUAUUAAGUUAUUAUGAUCUACCCUCAACAAUGAGACGUUGUUUCUCAUAUUGUGCUGUCUUCCCAAAAGAUUAUCUCUUUUCUAGAGAGCAAUUGGUCCUCCAUUGGAUGGCACAAGGAUAUAUUGAGUCAAUGAAAAAUAUGGAAAUAGAACUUAUUGCGGAAGAAUACUUUGAAAAAUUAGCCAUGUGCUCUUUCUUCCAAGACUUCAAGAAAGAUGAGAAUAGUGAUGGCAAGAUAAUAGGUUGCAAAAUGCAUGAUAUAGUGCAUGACUUUGCCCAAUUUAUUACCAAAAAUGAAUCCUUCAAAAUUGAUGGUGAUAAGAAGUUGGAGAUAGAUUGUCAAAGUGCUCGUCAUUUACAUUUAAAAAUUUCAAAAGAAAUGCAAUGUCUUGAAUCCAUCUAUCGUGCAAAAAAUCUACGCACUCUCUUUCUUGUUUCACGUGAAAGGGAUUAUAAGUUUAAGAUGCUCCUAUCAAACUCAUUCCAUCAUUUUAAAUGUUUACGAACAUUAAUUUUGGAUUGUCCAAUUGAGAAACUUCCAGAUGCAGUGGAAAAUUUGAUUCAUCUAAGGUGUCUCCUUAUAUCUGAGAAUGUUAAAAUAGUAGAAUUGCCUGAAACCUUUUGCAAUCUAUGUAAUUUACAAACUUUGAAUAUUGUGAAUAUUGAUUGUUUCAAGAAAUUACCACAGGGGAUGAGUAAACUAAUUAACUUAAGAUGUCUUAUAUUUCAUGAUGAUUAUUAUUGGAGCAAUGUGGUAUUUCCAAAAGGGAUUGGGAAGUUAAUUGGUCUUAGAACAUUAAGUACAUUCAACAUAAGUGAUAAGGAUGAUAGAGAAGGAUGUAAACUUGGAGAGUUAAAAAAUCUAAAUCAACUUCGAGGGACUCUUAAAAUAAAGGGGAUGCAAAAUGUGGUAAAUGUAGAUGAGGAUCAUAAUGCACAAUUGAAAGAAAAAAUACAUCUCCGUGGAUUGGAGCUAUUAUUUUUUCACAAAUGUGAAGUAGGUAUAAGUAAAAUGGAGAAUGAUGUAAAAGUAUUGAAUGCCUUAGAGCCACCACCAUACUUGCAAUAUUUAAAAAUUGAGGGCUACACGGGCAACACUAUUUAUCCUGAUUGGUUGAUGUCAUGGACCACACUGAAAAAGCUUCAACUUUUUGACUGUGGAAAUUUAGAGCAUUUGCCUUCUUUGGGCCAGUUGCCAUUCCUUGAAGUAUUAGCAAUAUCGGGGCUUCGUAAAGUGAAGAAGGUGGGAGAUGAAUUUCUGGGAAUAGAAGAUUCCAAGAACAAGAAAGCCUAUGACAUCAUAUUCCCAAAGCUGAAAUCUCUCCAAUUUCAUCAUUUAUACAACUGGGAAGAAUGGGUUGGGAUGGGAGGAACGGGAGAAGAAGAAGAAGAAGAAGAAGAAAAUAAUGAUAAUUGUAUUGUCACAAAUCCUAUAAUAAUAAAAAUAAUGCCAUGUCUUCAGUCCAUGAAAACUUUGUACUGCUUCAGACUAAAGUCUUUGCCAGACUACUUGCUUACUGCUCCAUCAUUGAAGGAAUUGGAGAUUCCUGGUUCAUAG